GUCACCUCCAGAAAACCGUCCUCUCUUCUUGCUCCUUCCAACUUCGUUUCUUCCUUCCUUUCUACUCCUCCACCGCUUUCAGAUCAAACAAUCUGCGAGACUUCCUCUUACCCGCCUUCUCCGGACGGCGACCGUAAGGAGCACUCGGUAGCAGGCUUCAAUGGCGGUUCUUCCGUGCCGAUCAUUCUCAAUUUGUUGACGAGCAGCGGCGGGGUGGAUCGAUCGCCAUGUUCGAGGCUCACGUCCUCCAUUUGCUCCGUAGAUAUUUGGGGGAGUAUGUUCAUGGACUAUCAUCGGAGGCUUUACGAAUCAGUGUUUGGAAGGGGGAUGUGGUUCUCAAGGACUUGAAACUGAAGGCUGAGGCGCUAAAUUCACUCAAACUUCCUGUCACUGUGAAAGCUGGUUUUGUUGGUACCAUAACAUUAAAGGUUCCGUGGAAAGGUUUAGGCAAAGAACCUGUUAUUGUUCUCAUUGAUCGAGUCUUUAUUCUUGCUCAUCCGGCAUCCGAUGACCGGACUCUUAAGGAGGAGGACAGGAUAAAACUUUUUGAAGCAAAACUUCAACAGAUUGAGGACGCAGAAUCAGCCACUCUUGAAGGAAUUUCCCGGUCAAAGCCGGGAAGUCCUCCUCCUGGAAACUCAUGGCUCGGUUCCCUGAUUUCAACUGUUAUUGGGAAUCUUAAAAUUUCAAUCAGCAAUGUACAUGUCAGAUAUGAGGAUUCAUCGAGUAAUCCUGGGCAUCCGUUUUCCUGUGGGGUCACAUUGGCCAAGCUGGCUGCUGUCACAACUGAUGAAGAGGGAAAUGAAACAUUUGAUGCAAGCGGUGCUUUGGAUAAGCUGCUCUUUGCAGCUCGAGAGGCUUGCUAUGUAUCAUAAUUCUGAUAGUCUUCCCUGGAAGAUUAACAAGGCUUGGGAGAGUCUCACUCCAAAAGAGUGGGUAGAGAUAUUUGAAGAUGGCAUAAACAAACCUGCUGCCAGUAAAGGACCAGUUUCAAAAUGGGCUACUGGGCGUAACUACUUGGUGUCACCUAUUAAUGGCGUCCUUAAGUAUCAUCGUCUUGGGAAGCAAGAGAGAAUCAAUCCGGAGGUUCCAUUUGAGAAGGCUUCUCUUGUGUUGACAGAUGUCUCCUUAACAAUGACAGAGCUGCAAUAUCACGACUGGAUAAAACUUUUGGAGGUUGUUUCGAGAUACAAGACAUACGUCGAAAUUUCUCAUCUGAGACCGGAGGUGCCUGUAUCAGAAGAUCCUUGUCUUUGGUGGCGCUAUGCUGCUCAGGCUAUCUUGCAGCAGAAGAAAAUGUGGUAUGAAGUCGCUGUUAUGUGGAACAUUUCCGUGCUUGAUGAAUCGGAAGAUCCUAUCUAUCGACUGUCAUGGGACCGAAUCCGACAUCUCUGUCAGCGUCGUAACCGUUAUGUACAGUUGUAUGCUGGUUCACUGCAACAAUCUUCUGAUACCCAUAUGACAGAACUUAGAGAAAUAGAGAAAGAUCUCGAUCCCAAAGUUAUUCUCUUGUGGAGGUUACUUGCACAUGCCAAAGUUGAGACUGCUAAAACAAAGGAAGCUGCUGAACAGAGGAGGCAGAAAAAGAAUAGUUGGUUUUCAUUUGGCUGGCGCACAAAUGCUGAUGAUGCAUCUGAGCUAGAUGUAUCUGAGGGAGCACAGUUUGGGGAAGAAAGUCUCACAAAAGAAGAAUGGCAAGCUAUUAACAAUCUGCUUAGUUUCCAGCCAGAUGAGGAGUUGAAACCACACUUGGGGAAAGACAUGCAGAAUAUGAUCAAAUAUUUGCUAACGGUAUCUGUUGAGCAAGCUGCUGCCAGGAUCAUUGAUAUGAAUGGGAUUGAGAUUGUGUGCGGAAGGUUUGAGCGUCUGCACGUGUCAACAAAACUCAGAAGCCGGAGUAUGCACUGUGAUGUAUUACUGAAGUUUUAUGGUGUAUCUGCACCAGAAGGUUCACUGGCUCAGAGUGUUUCCAGUGAGCAGAAGGAGAAUGCAUUAGCUGCCAGUUUUGUACACUCACCAGUGGGGGAGAAUAUUGACUGGAGGUUAUCAGCCACCAUAUCCCCUUGUCAUGCCACAGUUUUAAUGGAAAGUCUUGAUCGUGUUUUUGAAUUUAUGAAGAGGAGUAAUGCCGUUAGCCCCACAGUAGCCCUGGAAACGGCAAAUGCAUUGCAGAUGAAAAUUGAGAAAGUAACUCGUAGGGCACAGGAGCAAUUCCAAACAGCACUGGAAGAACAAUGCAGGUUUGCCUUUGAUAUUGAUUUGGAUGCUCCAAAAGUUAGAGUACCUAUAAAGGCUGUUGGGUCUUCCACAUGUGAUACAUACUUUCUUCUGGACUUUGGCCACUUCACAUUACACACCAUGGAAAAUCAGUCUGAUGAACACAAGCAGAGCCUAUAUUCUCGCUUUCACAUAUCUGGAAGAGAUAUUGCUGCUUUUUUUACUGAUUCUGAGGAGGGUGACUUCUAUUCAAUGAUUGAUAGAUGCGGUAUGGUUGUGAUUGUUGAUCAGAUCAAAGUGCCACACCCACGGUACCCAUCAACACGGAUCUCUGUUCAAGUUCCGAAUCUGAGCAUUCACUUUUCUCCAGCAAGAUAUCAUAGACUAAUGGAGUUGUUGAACAUAGUAUCUAAUACAGUGGAGAGCUGUGAGCAAUCUACUGUCAACAAUGUUCAGCAAAUUUCUGCUUGGAAUUCUGCAGACAUUGCUACUGAUGCACGAAUACUGGUCUGGAAGGGGAUUGGCAAUUCUAUUGCCACGUGGCAGCAAUGUUUUCUUGUGUUGUCUGGAUUAUAUCUUUAUGUCACUGAAUCUCACGAUUCCCAAAGCCACCAGCGAUACUUGAGCAUGGCUGGAAGGCAGGUAAAUGAGGUACCUCCGUCAAGUGUUGGUGGUUCACCAUUUUGCAUUGCUGUGAGCUUGAGGGGAAUGGACAUCCAGCAGGCACUGGAAUCUUCUAGUACCUGGAUUUUGGCAUUUUCAGAUGAGGAUGAGAAAGUUACUUGGUUGAAAGGACUCACACAAACUAUAUACCAAGCUUCUGCCCCUCCAUUACUAAGUCUACUCGGAGAGGCAGAAUUCAGUGAGCCUCUUACCCCAAAUACACGAUCCGCUGAUCUUGUUGUCAAUGGUGCACUGUUGGAGACAAAGAUCUGUAUAUACGGAAAGCCAGGAGAUGAAGUCGACAAACAAGCGGAAGAAACUUUGAUUGCCGAGGUUCUUGCAAGUGGGGGAAAGGUGUACCUGAUCCAUUCAUUAGGCGACUUGACUGUCAAAAUGAAGCUUCAUUCGUUGAAAAUUAGAGAUGAGCUUCAAUGUUAUCCAUCUACAAAGCCGCAGUACUUGGUUUGCUCUGUGGUUAAGAAUGAUAAGCCGCUUGCAUCCCCUCGCACUCCUGAGCCUCAGGGGAGAGAGAUGUCUGUAGUUGGAUAUGAUGACAAUGAUACAUUCACGGAUGCCUUGCCAGACUUUUUAAAUCUUUCUGAUCCCAUCUAUUCACCGAGAUUGGAUAUGUCUAACUCUGUCUCUUCUGAAUUUGACUCUGCUGAUGAAAAUGCGAUGCAAAGGAAGAGCAUUUCAUCUGAAAUAUUUUAUGAGGCACAGGCGGAUGAUCAUGUAGACUUUGUUUCUGUUGUCUUUUCCACAAGGAAUUCAGCUUCACCAGAUUAUGAGGGAAUCGAUACACAGAUGAGCAUCCGUAUGUCCAAGCUAGAGUUCUUCUGCAACAGACCAACUCUCGUUGCCUUAAUUGGUUUUGGCAUUGAUUUGGGUAAUGUGGGUUCCGCGGAGAGUAGUGAGAAUGUGGUGGAGAGUGUAGAUGACAAGUCAAAAAGUAAAGAAAAGACUGAAGACACUGGUCGUGUUAAAGGGCUCCUGGGUUAUGGUAAAAAUCGUGUUGUAUUUGAUCUAAACAUGAACAUUGACAAUGUUACUGUGAUUCUCAACAAGGAGGAUGGCUCUCAGCUGGCAAUGUUAAUUCAAGAGAGUUUCCUUUUCGAUCUCAAGGUCCACCCAAGUUCUCUCUCUAUUGAAGGCACAUUAGGAAAUUUUAAGCUUUGUGACAUGUCUCUUGGAACGGAUCACUGUUGGAGUUGGCUUUGUGAUAUUCGUAAUCCAGGAAUUGAAUCUCUUAUCAAGUUCAAAUUUAGUUCUUAUAGCGCCGAGGAUGAUGACUAUGAAGGAUAUGAUUACAGCUUGAGUGGCCGACUUUCUGCUGUGCGCAUAGUUUUCCUGUACAGGUUUGUCCGUGAGAUAACUGCCUACUUUGUGCAACUUGCCACUCCUCAGACAGAAGAAGCAAUUAAACUUGUAGAUAAAGUUGGGGGCUUUGAGUGGCUUAUUCAGAAAUAUGAGAUUGAUGGGGCUACUGCACUAAAGCUCGACCUCUCACUUGACACUCCUAUUAUCAUUGUUCCUAGAAAUACAACAAGCAAAGAUUUCAUUCAACUUGACCUGGGCCAGCUAAAGGUGUCAAAUGAACUCAGUUGGCAUGGUUGUCCAGUGAAAGAUCCAUCGGCUGUUCACAUGGAUGUACUUCAUGCCGAGAUUCUUGGCAUCAAUAUGUCUGUAGGGAUUGAUGGUUGUUUAGGAAAGCCUAUGGUGCGAGAAGGCCAAGGGCUGGACAUUUAUGUCAGGCGCAGCUUGCGGGAUGUAUUCAGAAAAGUGCCAACCUUUGCACUUGAAGUUAGGGUGGGGUUUCUGCAUGGUGUCAUGUCAGAUAAGGAAUAUAAAGUGAUUCUGGAUUGCGUAUCCAUGAAUUUGAAUGAAGAACCAUCUCUUCCUCCAAUCUUUCGUGGUAGCAAGUCUGAUUCCAAAGAUCCAAUGCAACUGUUGGUGGAUAAGGUCAACAUGAAUAGUCAAAUGCUUCUUGCGCACAGUGUUAGCAUAAUGGCUGUAGAAAUAAAUUAUGCUCUACUGGAGUUGUGUAAUGGUGUUCAUGAGUCACCUUUAGCUCAUCUUGCCCUUGAAGGCCUUUGGGUAUCAUACAGGAUUACUUCAUUGUCUGAAACGGAUCUUUAUGUCACUAUCCCCAAAUUUUCUAUUGUAGACAUUCGUCCUGGGACGAAACCUGAAAUGCGCUUAAUGCUUGGAUCCUCAGCUGAUGCUAGUAAACAAGCUUCUUGUGGAAGUCUACCGUAUCCGCUAAACAAGGGCAGUUUUCGCAGGGUGAGUUCUGCUGCUGUCCUCGAGGUGGAUGUAAUAAAUUCAACAAUGUUCUUGAUGGAUUAUAGAUGGCGACCUUCUUCCCAGUCAUUUGUGCUCCGCAUUCAACAGCCUCGUAUUCUUGUUGUACCGGAUUUCCUUCUAGCUGUGGGUGAAUUUUUUGUGCCAUCACUUGGCCAAAUUACUGGAAGGGAGGAGUCAUUGGACCCAAAGAAGGAUAUCAUUUACAAGAGCAAUUACAUAGUGCUAUGUGACCCCGUUUAUAAGCAAAGUGAAGAUGUAGUGCAUUUGUCUCCUAAUAGACGGCUAGUUGCAGAUUCGAAGGGAGUUGAUGAGUAUACUUAUGAUGGCUGUGGUAAUACUAUAAUAUUAAGCGAACAGAGCUGUCUGAAAGAAGCUGAUACUUUGCCUCUUCAACCAAUCAUUAUUAUUGGACGUGGUAAACGGUUGCGUUUCGUUAAUAUAAAAAUUGAGAAUGGUUUCCUUUUGACGAAAUACACACACCUGAGUAACGAUGCCAGCUACUCGAUCUCCGUAGAAGACGGUGUGGAUAUUUCGUUGAUAGAGAACUCUUCUUCUGAAGAGAGGCUCCUGGAUUAUAUGCAUGAAAGAUCUGGUGCAUCAAACAGUUUCAACUCCCAAAUUGACUCAGAUGUUCUACCAAGUGUUACUUUUGAAGCUCAGGUUGUUUCUCCUGAGCUGACAUUCUAUGACAGCACAAAAUCUUCACUUGAUGAUUCUUCUUAUGGUGAAAAGCUUCUACGUGCAAAAAUGGAUUUGAGCUUCAUGUAUGCAUCGAAAGAAAAUGAUACAUGGAUUCGUGCUGCAGUGAAAGAUCUUUCGGUGGAGGCUGGAUCCGGGCUGAUGAUUCUGGAUCCAGUGGAUAUUUCAGGAGGAUAUACUUCUAUUAAGGAUAAAACAAAUAUAUCUUUGAUAUCAACAGAUGUAUGCUUCCACCUUUCUUUGAGUACCAUUUCCCUUUUGCUUAACCUGCAGAAUCAAGCAACUGCGGCCUUGCAAUUUGGAAAUGCAAUUCCUCUUGCUCCUUGUACCAACUUUGACCGAAUUUGGGUCUCUCCUAAAGAAAAUGGACCUCGUAACAAGCUAACCUUUUGGAGACCUCGAGCUCCAGCAAAUUAUGUUAUACUGGGAGAUUGUGUGACUUCAAGGCCAAUUCCCCCCUCAGUUGCAGUGAUGGCUGUGAAUAACUCAUAUGGACGUGUGCGGAAGCCAAUUGGAUUUAAUCUUAUUGCUUUGCUAUCUGAAAUUCAAGGAUUUGAGUGUGCAGGGAGUUCUGAGUUGGAUUCUGAUUGUUCUAUAUGGAUGCCUGUUGCACCACCAGGCUAUGCAGCUUUGGGUUGUGUAGCACAUGUAGGAAGGCAACCGCCACCUAACCACAUUGUUUAUUGCCUACGCUCUGACCUUGCAGCAUCUACAACAUAUGCAGAAUGCUUACUUUGUGCUCCCCCACAACCUAGUUCUUUGUCUGGGUUCAGUAUCUGGCGUAUGGACAAUGUGAUUGCUUCAUUUUAUGCCCAUCCUUCAAGUGAAUACCCUCCCAGAGAUAGCAGUUGUGACCUCAGCCAUCUUCUUCAAUGGAACUAUGUUAAUCAUCCUUUGCCAAAAGACAAUAUACUGGAUACAAAUGGUGACGACUCUAAGGAAUUAAAGAAACCUGGAAAUGAUGGUGAGAAUUCAUCUGGGUGGGAUGUUAUCAGAUCAGUAUCAAAAGCAACAAAUUGCUACAUGUCAACGCCUAACUUUGAGAGGAUAUGGUGGGACAGAGGUAGUGAUAUCCGGCGAGCAGUCUCUAUAUGGCGGCCUAUUGCACGUCCUGGUUAUGCUGUUUUAGGGGAUUGCAUUGCUGAAGGCUUGGAACCACCUGCUUUGGGCAUAAUUUUUAAGGCUGACAGUCCUGAGUUUGCCUCGAAACCUGUGCAAUUCACUAAAGUUGCUCACAUUAUGGGGAAAGGGAUAGAUGAAGUCUUCUUCUGGUUCCCAAUUGCUCCUCCUGGUUAUGCUGCACUGGGAUGCAUAGUCACACGUACUGAUGAACCACCAACUGCAAGUUCAUUUUGCUGUCCAAGGAUGGAUCUUGUUAACCAAGCAAAUAUUAUUGAAGUGCCUGUUUCGAGAUCUUCAAGCUCAAAGGCGUCUCAGUGCUGGAGCAUUUGGAGAGUGGAAAACCAGGCCUGCACUUUUCUUGCUCGCUCCGACCUUAAAAAGCCCUCAAGCAGAUUGGCAUUCUCAAUUGGCGAUUCUACAAAGCCAAAGUCACGAGAGAAUGUGACAGCUGAAAUGAAGAUAAAAUGUUUCUCUGUCACUGUUUUGGACAGCUUAUGUGGAAUGAUGACACCUCUUUUUGAUUUCACAAUCACCAAUAUUAAGCUGGCAACACAUGGUCGUAUGGAGUCAAUGAAUGCUGUACUGAUUUCGUCCAUUGCUGCAUCAACCUUCAACACUCAAUUUGAAGCAUGGGAACCUCUCGUGGAACCAUUUGAUGGGAUAUUCAAGUUUGAAACUUAUGAUACAAAUGUCCACCCGCCAUCAAAAUUUGCAAAGAGAGUACGAAUUGCUGCUACCAGUAUCCUGAAUAUGAAUAUCAGCGCAGCAAAUCUCGAGACUUUUGUGGGGACCCUUUUUUCUUGGAGGAAGCAGUUGGAACUUGACGAGAAAGCAACGAAGCUAAACGAGGAUUCUGGAAGUCAGCAUAAGCCGGGAGAGGAAGCAGCUUUUUCUGCUCUGGAUGAGGAUGAUUUCCAGACAGUUAUAGUUGAAAAUAAGCUCGGAUGUGACUUGUAUCUGAAAAGGGUUGAAGACAAUAUAGACGUCGUUGACCAGUUACAACAUAAUGAUAGUUUUUCUGUCUGGGUACCACCACCUAGAUUUUCUGAUAGGUUAAAGGCUGUGGAUGGCUCUAGGGAAGCACGUUGUUAUGUUGCUGUUCACAUUCUUGAAGCCAAGGAUCUGCCCAUUCUUGAUGAUGGUAACAGCCACAACAUGUUUUGUGCUCUACGCCUUCUUGUUGAUAGUCAGGCAACAGACCAACAGAAGUUUUUUCCUCAGAGUGCAAGGACUAAAUGUGUGAAACCCUUGCUCGAUGAACUUGCUAUAGGCACUGCUAAAUGGAAUGAAUUAUUCAUAUUUGAAAUUCCUCGCAAGCAGGGACUUGCUAGGUUAGAAGUGGAGGUGACAAAUCUUGCUGCCAAAGCUGGGAAGGGUGAAGUUGUUGGUGCACUUUCAUUGCCCAUUGGUCAUGGAGCAGCUCUGUUGAAGAAGGUUGCAUCAGUAAGGAUGCUGCAUCAACCUCACAACAUUCAGAAUAUUGUUUCACGUCCUCUGAGAAGAAAGGCUCAGCAUGACAAGGACGAUGACAUGCAAGAUUCUGGAUGCUUGUCGGUAUCAACUACAUAUUUUGAGAAAAGUUUGCUGGCAAAUAUGCAGAGAGGGAAAGAAACCGGGGAUUCUACCAAUAGAGAUACUGGUUUCUGGGUUGGACUUGACUCCAGUGGUUCAUGGGAGAGCAUUCGUUCCUUGCUGCCUUUGUCAGUGGUUCCUAAGUCACUGCAGAAAGACUUUAUAGCCAUGGAAGUUAUCAUGAAAAAUGGAAAGAAGCAUGCGAUUUUUAGGGGCCUUGUAACAGUGGUUAAUGAUUCAGAUAUUAAGCUGGAUAUAUCAGUGCGCCCUAUGUCUAUGGUUGAUGGUAAUGAUCCCUUGUCCAGUUCCCAGAAUUCUCUUGUUUUUGAAGAAGAGAUUUUUGAGAAUCAACGUUAUCAUCCAACUUCUGGUUGGGGAAGCAAGUGGCAGAGUUCUCAAAGCUCUGAUCCUGGUCGAUGGAGCACAAGGGACUAUUCCUACUCUUCAAAGGACUUCUUUGAACCUCCUUUACCACCUGGAUGGCAAUGGGCUUCUAGUUGGAUCAUUGACAAAUCUGAGGUGGUUGAUGGUGAUGGCUGGGCAUAUGGACUUGACUUUCAUAGUUUCAAGUGGCCUCCAACUUCUCGCACAAAAUCCUCUCUCGAUGUUGUGCGCAGAAGGCGAUGGGUUCGAAGACGCCAAGAAGUACAGACAAGAUUCAACAAGAGUAAUGGUGACUUCGUCAUAGAUCCUGGAUCUUCAGCUGUUUUGCCAUGGAAUAGUACAUCAAAAGAUUCUGAUCACUGUCUACAAGUUCGGCCCUCUGUUGGUCAUUCUCAAUCUGCUUAUUCAUGGGGCCAAGAAGUGAGUGUUGGUUCUUCCUAUGGACUUGGGAAGGAUCAGACCCUGACUGAUCAAGCUGUUCUUUCUAGACAAAGCACUUUGAAGCAGGGAAGUAAGAUGCCUGUUGCUUUUAGAUUAAAUAAGCUUGAGAAGAAAGAUGUCCUGUGCUGCUGCCCUAGCACUGGAAGCAAACAAUAUUGGCUCAGUGUAGGUGCUGAUGCUUCGGUUCUUACCACUGAGCUGAAUAAACCUGUUUAUGAUUGGACAAUAUCCAUCAACUCUCCGUUGAAGUUAGAAAAUCAGCUAUCAUGUUCAGCUGAAUUCACAAUUUGGGAAAAGGCUAAAGGUGGUUAUACCGAGCAACAGCAUGGUGUAAUUUCCUCCCGAGAGAGUGUACAUAUCUAUUUGGCUGAUAUCCAUAAGCCAAUCUAUCUUACGUUGCUUGUUCACGGUGGUUGGGUUCUAGAGAAGCCUCCUAUCCUACUUCUGGAUCUUGCUUCAAGUGAUCGUGCUUCAUCAUUCUGGAUGGUCCACCACCAAAGUAAAAGGAGGCUGCGUGUGAACAUUGAGCGAGACAUGGGAGGCACCAUUGCCGCUCCAAAAGCAAUUAAGAUCUUUGUUCCAUAUUGGAUUGUAAAUACUUCAUCUCUGCCAUUGGCAUAUCGAGUUGUAGAAAUUGAGUCACUUUCUAGAGUAAAGUCCGUGAAACAUACCUCAAAAGCGCCCACGAUGGAGAGGCGGCGCUCUAGCAUGAAAAGAAAUAUCGACGUUGUUGAGGUAAUUGAGGACACAAGCCCCAUACCAAGUAUGCUCUCACUGCAGGACCCUGCUGGUCGUAGUGGGGUAACACUAUUCCCGUCACAGAAAGAUGCCUUCCUAUCUGCACGAGUUGGCCUGGCUGUUGCUGUUCGACAUUCUGAUACCUACAGUCCUGGGAUAUCUCUCCUUGAGCUGGAAAAGAAGGAAAGAGUUGACGUGAAAGCUUUUAGUUCGGAUGGAUCAUACUACAAGCUCUCAGCCCUACUGAAGACCUCGGAGAGAACAAAGGUUGUUCACUUUCAGCCACACACCUUGUUUGUCAACAGGGUUGGUUCCAGUCUCUGUCUUCAGCAGUGUGAUUCCCACUUGGUGGAAUGGAUUCAUCCUACGAAUCCUCCAAAGCUUUUCAGAUGGCAGUCUUUUGCCAGAGUUGAAAUGUUGAAGCUGCGUGUUGAUGGAUACCAGUGGAGCAUGCCAUUUAGUGUUUACAAUGAAGGCACAAUGCGUAUCUCCUUAAAAAGUGAUGUGGGGGAUAAUCAACUGCAGCUAAAGAUACAAGUAAGAAGUGGUACAAAGACAUCCCGUUAUGAAGUUAUAUUCCGUCCAAACUCGUCAUCCAGUCCUUACAGGAUUGAAAAUCGUUCCAUGUUCUUGCCCAUUCGGUUUAGGCAAGUGGGUGGUGUUGGUGAUUCAUGGAAACUUCUCCUUCCCAAUUCAUCCAGUUCCUUCUUUUGGGAAGAUCUUGGUAGAAAGAAGUUUUUGGAACUCUUCACAGAUGGGUCUAACUCAUCGAAAUCAUUGACAUUUGACAUUGAUGAAAUUUCCGAUCACCAACCCAUUGAGGAAGAGGAUGGACCUUCUAGAGCCUUGCGUGUUACCGUUCUCAAGGAAGACAAGGUUAAUGUUGUGAAGAUUAGCGAUUGGAUGCCAGAAAGUGAACCUACAGGUGCUGUAGGGAUAAGAGGACCUUCCUCAUCAUCACAGCUACCUGGAAAUGAUUAUCAACAACAGCAGUUUCCAUCCAACUCAGACUCUGAAUUCCAUGUUAUCUUGGAGCUUGCGGAGCUUGGAAUCUCCAUCAUUGAUCAUACACCUGAGGAGAUUUUAUACUUUUCAGUCCAAAAUUUGCUUUUGGCAUAUUCCACUGGUUUGGGAUCCGGGUUCAGUAGGUUCAAACUAAGAAUGCAUGGAAUACAAGUGGACAACCAGCUGCCAUUAACUCCCAUGCCAGUUCUUUUUAGGCCACAAAAGACUGGAGAUGAGGCAGACUAUAUCUUGAAGUUUUCCAUGACAAUGCAAUCGAAUGGCUCGCUUGAUCUUUGUGUCUAUCCGUACAUUGGAUUCAGUGGACCUGAUAGUGCUGCCUUCUUGAUAAACAUUCACGAACCUAUCAUUUGGCGCCUUCAUGAGAUGAUGCAACAAGUCAACUUCAGUAGGUUAUAUGAGACACAAACAACUGCUGUUUCUGUUGAUCCUAUCAUUGAAAUUGGCGUUCUCAACAUUUCUGAAAUUCGGUUUAAAGUAUCAAUGGCCAUGUCACCGAGUCAGCGACCAAGAGGAGUGCUUGGAUUUUGGUCAUCCUUGAUGACUUCUUUGGGCAACACUGAAAAUAUGCCUAUUAGAGUGAAUCAAAGAUUCCAUGAGAACGUUUGUAUGAGGCAGAGUACAAUGAUUAGCAUAGCCAUUACAAACGUUAAGAAGGAUGUUCUUGGGCAGCCUCUUCAACUGCUCUCUGGUGUUGAUAUACUGGGUAAUGCAAGCAGUGCCCUUGGACACAUGAGUAAAGGUGUUGCUGCUCUGUCAAUGGAUAAGAAGUUCAUCCAGGGUCGUCAAAGACAGGAGAACAAAGGGGUAGAGGACAUUGGUGACGUCAUCAGAGAGGGAGGAGGAGCUCUUGCGAAGGGGCUAUUCAGAGGGGUGACUGGUAUAUUGACAAAGCCACUUGAAGGUGCAAAAUCUUCUGGGGUAGAGGGAUUUGUCCAGGGUGUUGGAAAAGGAAUAAUCGGUGCAGCUGCUCAACCUGUUAGUGGGGUUCUAGAUCUUCUGUCUAAAACCACUGAAGGUGCCAAUGCUAUGAGGAUGAAGAUAGCAUCUGCCAUAACAUCAGAAGAGCAGCUUCUUCGAAGGAGACUGCCCCGUGUUAUUGGCGGUGAUAAUUUGGUUCGACCAUACAAUGAGUACAAGGCCCAAGGCCAGGUUAUAUUGCAACUGGCGGAGUCGGGUUCAUUUUUUGGGCAGGUUGAUCUAUUUAAAGUACGCGGGAAGUUUGCUUUAUCAGAUGCGUAUGAAGAUCAUUUCAUUCUCCCUAAGGGAAAGAUUGUUAUGGUCACACACAGGAGGGUGAUGCUAUUGCAACAACCUUCAAACAUUAUUGGUCAGAGAAAGUUCAGCCCAGCUAGGGAUCCAUGUUCAGUAGUUUGGGACGUGCUGUGGAGCGAUUUGGUGACCAUGGAGUUGAGUCAUGGGAAGAAAGACCAGCAAAAGUCCCCGCCUUCAAAGCUACUCAUAUAUCUACGAAGUAGACCGACAGAGUCAAGGGAACAAUUUCGUAAAAUAAAAUGCAGCCGUGAAACUGAUCAAGCUCUGGAGGUUUACUGUUCGAUUGAAAGAGCAAUGAACACAUAUGGACGGAAUACACUACAGGAAUUGCUGAAGAACAAAGUGAUGAAACCGUAUUCACCAAGUUUAGAAGGGGGCAAUACCGAAACAACUACGAAAGAAGGGGCUUCAGCCUGGCUUCCUCCUCAGGUCCCCAGACAAGGUUCAAACUCGACAUUUGGCAGCAGCUCCGGCUAAUUCACGAAUUCAAUUUCUGUCUGCUAAGCUUUAGAGGAAAUCCUCCGCAUGGAAAGGUAAAAACUGCAGAUGGAGAGGGGGCAAAAGGUCGUCACCGAUGGUAUAAUGCGAAAGAUUGGUUACCACUAGGAAGGAAAAGUCGCAUAACGUUCAAUUCUGCUGGAAAGGAGUUCUUUUGUACAGAAGAUUACAGAUAAAAAAAUAUGAAAUAGGGGAUUAUUAGGUAUAGAGAGCGAUUGCAAAAGAGGUGUAUAGGUUUCCAAAACUGACCCUGUUGUCUGCUUUGUCUUCUGCUUUCAGUUUUGUAGUCUAUAUUACUGUUAGUAGUAUUUGAGGGAAAUGGUAGAAAAGGAGGGUUGCUUUGGUAUAAUCAAGAGAAGCAAGCUGUAUUGUAUUAUUGUAUAUGCUGCAAUCUGCAUGCUGCCUUCCUUUGUACUAGUCCGAUUACGGUGCUGAUAUGGGGCUUCAGGUCAGCAUGUGCUGAUAUCGUCAAAAUCUGAUUGGACAACCGGAAGCUAGCCGUAAUUGACUCAUUUAUAUGCUUUAUAUGCUCGUUUAAUAUACGAGGAAUAACCGUAUGUGAAUAUGCUGAACACAUGUUAUGUAUUGUUAGGAAAUAGGCGUGUCGGUCUCGAACCAAGCCGUGUUUGUAAAGUAGAUCACAACAUUUAUCAUCCUUCUUUGCAAUCCCAUCCGUAAUGUUGAUGUUGUGCUUUCUAAUUUAAAAUCUCACUAGCUCCAACCUUGAUUGGAUGUAGAAAUUCCAAC